AAAGAAUUAGCCCGCCUUUCGCAGAAAGUUUAUCCUAACCUUAAAGAUGCCACCGAAAAAAGCGAACGGGUACAAGUUACCAGCUCCUUUGCCAAAAGGUGAGGUAUUAGAAGAUAGGGCCAAACAAAAAUGGAAACUCGGAGAGUCGAUUGGAAAAGGCGGUUUCGGCGAAAUUUACUCCGCAAAGCCAGUAGACAUGCCAGGAACGAAUUACCCUAAUGUUAUCAAAAUUGAACCGUUUGAGAAUGGACCGCUCUUUGUUGAGAUGCACUUUUAUUUGAGGAAUGCUAAACCCGAGGAUGUCAAACAAUUUGCAAAGGAUAAAAAUUUAACUACAUUUGGCAUGCCAUAUUACUUUGGUUCUGGAUCUCACGUCCACAAGGAUGAAAAAUAUAGAUUUCUUGUAAUGGAAAAAUUUGGAUCGGACAUUUGGAAGUAUUUCCUAGAAAACAAUAGACAAUUUCCAGAAGCAACUGUUUUCCAACUUGGAGUGCAGAUCCUGGACGUUUUAGAAUACAUUCACGAAAAAGGCUAUGUCCAUGCUGAUAUAAAAGGGGCCAAUAUUUUAAUGGGCAUUACAGCUGAAACUAUAAAUAAACAAGUGUACUUAGUAGACUUUGGUCUUGCUGGAAAAUAUUCAAGCGAGAAAGAAUUUAAGCCAAAUCCAAAGAAGGCUCACGAUGGUACACUUGAAUACCUUAGCAGAGAUGCUCAUCAUGGUGUACUAACAAGGAGGGGUGAUUUGGAAAUAUUAAUUUACAAUUUAAUUCAAUGGUUGGGUGGAACGUUACCAUGGAUUGGUCAGACCAGUCCAAUUGGAGUACAUAAAAUGAAAAAUGAGCACAUGGAAUCUAUUGCUAAAUUGACAAAAGCCUCGUUUGGUAAUAAACGGGUUCCAGAAGCCAUUAAAUCGUACUUAACGUACUUAAAAACGUUGGAAUUCAACUCCGAACCGGAUUACGCCAAAUUGAGGGAAAUUCUUGAGAAAGGCGUAAAAGAUGCUGGCGGAACAAUGGGUAGCGAGUUGAAAUUUGCGGAAAGCAAAACUCCUAGUAAGAGGAAGAGUGCUGCUAAGUUGGCUGUGCCAAACAAAAAGCAGAAAACCAAUGAUGAAGAUCCUGAUGAUUCACCCCCUGGAACGCCAAAAAAUAGAAGGAAUCGAAAUGUUAGAGGCGGAAGUGUUCCGCCAGUAUCCAAUUUAGAGAAAUCCAAGCCAGAGAAAAAAGUUAAAAAGAGAGGUAGACCCGGUAAAGAGGAAAAGGAAAAUGUAUUGGAGGAGGAUUCGGAUAAGGACCCAUAUGCUGGAUAUACAGACGCAAUGAAAGAAAUGGCUAAGAAAAUACAAGAAAAUACCAAAGCUAAAAAGCCCGCAAGACAAAGAAGGGCAACAGUUGAGAGUGACAAUCUUAGCAAAAGAAAGCCAACAAAUAAUAAGACUGAAACUGCUUCUGUUGCAUCGUCCAGUAGGGGUACUGCCAGAAGUAGGAGACUGCUUGCCUCACCGCCUAAUUAUAUUGAAGAAAAUUCAGAUUCUGAUUAACAUGUGUUUGUAAAAUGUUCAUUAUUUCCUUUUUAAAUUAUUACACUUUUUUUCAGUAA